GUGUAUAUAUACGUAGUACGCUCUACAGACGGGACGACGACUGCAUCAUCAUCGUCAUCAAUGGAGAAGUUCAAUCGGUUGUGCAAUGCUAGCUGCUGCCUCGUUCUCGUGCUCCUGCUCUUGCCCACCUCUUAUGAUGUUGGAAUGAUAUUAAUGGUGGAGGGGAGGGACUGUGAGUCACAGAGCCAUCUUUUCCGGGGGCGAUGCGUCAGCGACACCAACUGCGAAUUGGUGUGCCACAACGAGGGUUUCCCCGGCGGCAAGUGCAAUGGCAUGCGCGGCCGUUGUUUCUGCACUAAACCCUGCUAGCUACCGGCGAAUUCAAUAUUCAUGAGCUCCAUCAUCAGCACUAGUACUUGAGAUUAUCGAUUUCUUGUUGCCAGUGUUGUUUGAAUUAUAUUUCAAUAAUGGAACAAAUUAUGAAUUGUGUUUGGCGAUUAUAUUCAUAAAUUAUUUCUAUC